CAAUCUCCCCCAUGUCUUUUUUCUUCCCCAUCGAGAGAGAGAAAACCACAAAAUUCCCCAAAAUUUGUCUUUUCUAUCUCCCCAUCAACGCAACACGCCAGACUCCAGCUCCUUCAUCCUCAUUCUCUUCUUCACAGAGCCACCAAAGCUCAAGGCAACUAGAGGAUACCGAAGUGGAGGGCAUAGAGGAAUUGUUGGUGAGGAAUGGUGGGGCACCAUGCUAGUUUCGAUUACCCUUUGGUGAUGCUAAGCAUUGGUCUCUCUCUCUAAUCUACCUAGCGAUGAUUGCAUCAACACGUCAUUUCUUCUCUGGCAUUGUUACCUCUCAAGAACUAAUCGAUUUGUCAUUCACCCCUCACUUGCUCGCUCUCUAUUUCUCUUCCAAAGCAAAUUCCAUAUUCGAUCGAUUCCAAUUAGCAGCUUUCUUUCUCUAAUUUGCCUUUGGGUACUAUAGAGUUUGUGAUUGGGUUUAGACAAUUGAAAGCUUGAAUUGCAUGUGAAUUUUAUGGGGUUUUGGCUCAGAUUUCUUAAAUUUUGUUUGCUUCUUUAAGAGGCAUUUCGACAUUGAGGACUUAUACUUGGACUGGUUCAUUGUUUUGGCU